GCCAGAAACCAAGAUGGCGCAGUACAUGGAUCCCUCUCCGGACGCCGCUGACUAUGAUGAGGUCCCGGAUCUGUCGGAUGGUGAUGAUGUCAUCUGGGAUGAUGAGGAUGAUGGGGGUGGUGGUAUGGAGGUCCGCUGUCUGUUCUGUGACAGGACUGACCCAUCACCAGAAGACACCUUCAGGCACUGCAAGUCCCAGCAUGGCUUUGACAUCCAGCAGGUUGUCUCCCAGCACUGUCUUGACUUCUAUGGAUUCAUCAAACUCAUCAACUUCAUCAGAUCUACAGGCUGCUCUGCCGAGAGUCUCUCUACCGUCACCGACACCAAACCCUGGGACAAGGAAGAAUUCUUCAAGCCGGUGAUCCCAGACGAUGGAUUACUUCAGUAUGAUUUUGAGGAUAUAGACUGUGAUGGAGACAGAUGCCCCGGCAAAAACACAGCGGGUGCCGAGCCGUCCGUCAACGAGCGGGUACAGCGGGCGGAGAGCCGGGUGCAGGAGAUGGAGGCCAACCUGGCAAACGUCCUUCAGGAGCUGAAUAAGAUGAGACAAGUUGCGCAGGAUUUCGUGAUGAACGCAGAUGUCAGCCGCGGUUCGUCUUCCGCCAUCACGGACCUGGACGAGGGCGAGGACGGCGCGUACUUCGGCUCCUACGGGCACUUCAGCAUACACGAGGAGAUGUUAAAGGACACAGUGCGGACAGAAAGUUACAGGAACUUCAUGUACCAGAAUCCUGAUGUAUUUAAGGACAAGGUCAUUCUUGAUGUCGGCUGCGGUACCGGAAUCCUCUCCAUGUUUGCGGCAAAGGCCGGAGCCAAGAAAGUGUACGGGGUGGAUCAGUCGGAGAUCAUCUACCAGGCGAUGGACAUCAUCCGCCUGAAUAAGUUAGAAGAUAGAAUAUCCCUGAUUAAAGGAAGAAUAGAAGAGAUUGACUUACCGGAGGAGAAAGUGGAUAUAAUCAUAUCGGAAUGGAUGGGUUACUUUCUGCUCUUCGAGUCGAUGCUGGACUCCGUUAUUUAUGCAAAGGACAAGUAUCUGAGAGCCGGAGGAGCAGUUUAUCCAGACCGAUGUAACAUCAGCAUUGUGGCGCUCUGUGACCCCGAGAAGCACACCGGAAAGAUGGCCUUUUGGGAUGAUGUCUAUGGGUUUAACAUGUCGUGUAUGAAGAAAGUCGUUCUACCAGAGGCCAUAGUGGAGGUUGUCAGCCCUGAUACUAUUAUCUCCGAUCCAUUCAUUAUAAAGGAUAUUAACUGUGUGACUACUACGGUGAAAGAUUUGGACUUUUGCUCAGAUUUCUCUCUGCGGGUAACAAGGGAUGGGACGUGCACGGCCGUAGCCGGAUAUUUUGAUAUGUUCUUCGAGAAGGAUUGUCACACACCAGUGACGUUCUCCACCGGCCCCAAAUGCCCCAGGACCCACUGGAAGCAGACGGUGCUCCUCCUGGAGAAGACGGUGCCGGUCAGUGCAGAUACAACAUUGGACGGGAAGAUAACGGUGCGGAAGAACAGGAAGGACCCCCGCUCGCUCAUCAUAACGCUUUCCAUAAAUGGCGUCACCCAGACCUACAUGCUGCAGUGACGGGCGGAGGCCUCGGCGGAUUUCCAGCACUUAUCACCUUAUUUUUUAUAUCCAUUGCAAUAAAAUCAUUACAAAAACUUUA